GGGGGGGGCUCCCUUCCCCCCAGGCACAGAAUGGAGAGUGCUGUGUGGUGGACCGAACACUCUUGAGUCUUCCUACAUCGAAGCUAGAAUCCCAAAUUGUGUUCUGAAGGAAGGGGGGAGUCAUUGGAGGGAGUGGGUGAGAAAAUGUGAGUGUAGAAAAAAGGGUCUCCCUCCCUCCCUCCCUCUUGCUUUCUCUCUCUCCAGGAGGCAGCAGCGAGAAGACACCCGUCACACUUUCUCCAUCUUGGCUGAGUGGUGGAGGGAAAAGAGCCGCCAUGCAGCCAGCCCAGGGCGGGGUGUCCUUCGAAGAGGUGGCUGUGCGUUUCACCCGGGGGGAGUGGAGCCUGCUGCGCCCGGCCCAGAGAGCCCUGUACAAGGAAGUCAUGCUGGAGAACUUUGGGAUCGUGGCCUCUCUGGCAGGAGGCGUGUGGGAGUCAGCAAAUGACACGAAAGAACAUCCAGUGAUGGAGAAAGAGGAAAUGUAUUCAGAUGGGAAAGAGGAGGCUGAAUAUUUUGAUGGACUGAAGAAAGAGGAGGGAAAAGAUCCGAAUGAAGGGGGGAAUUCUUCCAGUCUAUUAGAGUGGAGUGACUCUAUACAGGAAAACCUAUACCCAGGCAAGAAGAACAGGAAUGAGCUCACUGCAAGCAGGGAAGACUUCUCCAACAAAUCAGAUAUUAAUAUUCAAUGGAGCACAUGUAACAAAAAGAAAAUGUUUCAGUUCUUGGAGGGUAGGAAAAGCUUCAGUUGCAGUGGAACGCUUUCUUCCCACCAAAGAAUUCACUCAGGGGAGAAACCAUAUAAAUGCCAAGAGUGUGGGAAAAGCUUCAGUCAGAGUACACACCUUGCUUCCCACCAAAGAGUUCACACGGGUGAGAAACCAUAUACAUGCCUGGAGUGUGGGAAAAGCUUCCAUUGGAGUUCAGGCCUUAGCUCACAUCAAAGGAUUCACACUGGAGAGAAACCAUAUAAAUGCCUGAAGUGUGGGAAAAGCUUCCGUACAAGUUCAGACCUUACCUCACAUGAAAGAAUUCACACUGGGGAGAAACCAUAUACAUGCCUGGAGUGUGGGAAAAGCUUCAGUCAGAGUGGAAAGCUUACUCUCCAUCAAAGAACUCACACAGGGGAGAAACCCUAUAAAUGCCUGGAGUGUGGGAAAACUUUCAGUCGCCAUGGAAGCCUUUCUUCUCAUCAAAGGAUUCACACAGGGGAGAAACCCUAUAAAUGCCUGGAGUGUGGGGAAAGUUUCAGUCAGAGUGGUAACCUUACUUCCCAUCAAAGAAUUCACUCAGGGGAAAAGCCAUAUAAAUGCCAAGAGUGUGAGAAAAGUUUCAGUCGGCAUGACGGCCUUUAUUCCCACCAAAGAGUUCACUCAGGGGAAAAACCAUAUAAAUGCCAAGAGUGUGGGAAACGCUUCAGUCAGAGUAGAAACCUUUUUUCUCAUCAAAGGAUUCACACAGGGGAGAAACCCUAUAAAUGCCUGGAGUGUGGAAAAAGCUUUAGUCAGAGUGGAAAGCUUACUCUCCACCAAAGAAUUCACACUGGGGAGAAACCCUAUAAAUGCCUGGAGUGUGGGAAAAGUUUCUCUCGGGGUGACAUCCUUUCUUCCCACCAAAGAGUUCAUUCAGGGGAAAACCCAUAUAAAUGCCUUGAGUGUGGGAAAAGCUUCCAUUGGAGUUCAAGCCUUACCUCACAUGAAAGGAUUCACACUGGAGAGAAACCAUAUAAAUGCCUGGAGUGUGGGAAAAGCUUCAGUCAGAAUGGAAAACUUACUGUCCAUCAAAGGAUUCACACAGGGGAAAAACCGUAUAAAUGCCUGGAAUGUGGGAAAAGCUUCAGUCAGAAUGGAAAACUUACUGUCCAUCAAAGGAUUCACACAGGGGAAAAACCAUAUACAUGCCUGGAGUGUGGGAAAAGUUUCAGUCAGAGUACAAACCUUUCUUCUCAUCAAAGGAUUCACACUGGGGAGAAACCCUAUAAAUGCCUGGAGUGUGGGAAAAGCUUCCGUAUGAGUUCAAACCUUAUCUCACAUGAAAGGAUUCACACUGUGGAGAAACCAUAUACAUGCCUGGAGUGUGGGAAAAGUUUCAGUCAGAGUACAAACCUUUCUUCUCAUCAAAGGAUUCACACUGGGGAGAAACCCUAUAAAUGCCUGGAGUGUGGGAAUAGCUUCCGUAUGAGUUCAAACCUUAUCUCACAUGAAAGGAUUCACACUGUGGAGAAACCAUAUACAUGCCUGGAGUGUGGCAAAGGUUUCUCCAUGUUCGGAACGCUUUCUUCCCACGAAAGAAUUCACGCAGAGGAGAAACCCUAUAAAUGCCUGGAGUGUGGGAAAAGCUUCCGUCAGAGUGGAAAGCUUACUGUCCAUCAAAGAAUUCACUCAGGGGAGAGACCCUAUAAAUGCCUGGAGUGUGGGAAAAGUUUCAGUCGGAAUGAUAACCUUUCUUCUCAUCAAAGAAUUCACUCAGGGGAGAAACCCUAUAAAUGCCUGGUGUGUGGGAAAAGUUUCAGUCGAAAUGAUCACCUUUCUUCCCAUCAAAGAAUUCAUUCAGGGGAGAAACCAUACAAAUGCUUGGAGUGUGGGAAAAGUUUUUCUCGAAGCAAUAAUCUUACUUCCCAUCAAAGAGUUCACAUGUGAUAAAAAUCACGAAAGUCCUUAAAGUACAGAAAGAUGUUACAUCAGGUAAUUUGGCUUUUAACAUUUGCAAGCAGUGAAAUAAAACACUGUAGUCAGGUGUUCCAUCAUUCAAUAUCUUACUGUAUAAUUAAGUAAGCGUAUUUCAGAAAACUCACUUUAUACCCUGGGGCACCACCAGAGGGCGCUGCUGCGGAGGGAAGCCCAGGCAAGGCUCCAUGUCCCUCCAGAAAACGUGCCAUGGCAGAAAGGCCAGGCCAGGAUCAGGAGGGGAACAGGUGGCAAUGCCUGCCUACACCCAGGUGGUAUUAGGAGUGAGGCAGGUGGAAAUGCCUACCCCCUGCCUUCACCCAUAUUAGGAGCGGAGCAGGUGGCAAUGCCCACCCCCACCUUAAUACAGAUGUUAUUAGGAGCGGAGAAGGUGGUACUGUCCACCUCACUGUCUUAAUGUAGUUUGUAUUAGGAGCAGAACAGGUGGCAAUACCCUCUCCCCGCAUUAACCCAGCUGGUAGUAGGAGCAGAGCAGGUGGCAAUGUGCUCUCCCUGCCUUAAUCCAGCUGGUAUUAGGAAUGGUGCAGGUGGCAAUGCCUAGCCCCGCCUUCAUCCAGCUGGUAGCAGCAGUGGAGCAGGUGGCUAUGCCCGCCCCCCUUUGAACCAGUUGGGAUGAGGAGUGGAGUAGUUGGCAAUGCCCGCCCCCCACCUUAAUCCAGCUGGUAAUAGGAGUGGAGCAAAUGGCAAUGUCCACCCCCAUCUUAAUUUAGCAAGUAUUAGAAGCGGAGAAGGUGGCAGCGCCCACCCCUUUCUGCUAGCUGGGAUCAGGAACAGAGCAGGCAGCAAUACCUGCCCCCUCCUUCAACCCAGCUGGUAUUAGGAGCGGAGCAGAUGGCAAUGCCCAUCCCUAACCUUAACGCAGCUGGUAUUAGAAGUGGAGCAGGUGGCAAUGCCCACUCCUGCCUUAACCCAGCUAGUAUUAGGAGCGGAGUAGGUGGCAAUGCCCUCCCCCUGCUGGUAUUAGGAGCGGAGCGGAGCAGGUGACAACACCCACCACCUGCCUUAACCCGCAGGUAUUAGGAGUGGAGUAGGUGGCAAUGCCUGCCCCCUCUUAACCCAGAUGGUAUUAGGAGCAGAGCAGGUGGCAAUGUCCACCCCCUCCUUAAACCAGAUUGGAUCAGGAGCACAGCAGGUGACAGUACCCACCCCCCUUCACCCAGCUGGGCUCAGGAGCAAAUCAGAUGGCAAUGCCCACUCUCCUUUUCCCGACUGGGAUCAGGAGUGGAGCAAGUGACAAUGCUCCCCCCCCCCGGCUGCCUUAACCCAGCUGGUAUUAGGAGUGGAGCAGGUGGCAGUGCCCUCCUCUGCCUUAACCCAGCUGGUAUUAGUGACGGAGCAAGUAGUAAUGCCCACCACCCCUCCAUCACCCAUUUGGGAUCAGGAGUAGAGCAGGUGGCACCUCCCACCUUCUCCUGGCUGGGAUCAGGUGCAGAGCAAGAGGCAAUGCCCUUCUUCCCUUCGCUCAGCCGGGAUAAGGAGCAGACCAUGUGGCAAUGACUGCCCUUUUCAACCUACUGUAAUAAACCACUGAGCAGGUGACAAUGCCCACCCUGUCUUCACCCUGCUGGAGUCAGGAGCCAAGCAUGCAGCAAUGCAUGCCCCCCCCCCUUCAGCCUUCCAGAAUCAGGAGCAGAGCAGGUGGCAGUGGCCACAUCCCCCUUCACCCAGCUAGGAUCAGGAGCACAGCAGUAAAGCCCCUUGCCCACCUUCACUUCUCAAGAUCAUGCAUGGAGCAGGAGGCAUGACCCCCCCCUUCACCCAGCUGGGCUCAAGCUCGGAGCAGGUGGCAGUGCCUGCCUGCCCACCCUCCCCUUUCUAGAGCCCGUUGUAUUUUUUUCCCACAACAGGCUUUGUUGCUAGUAAUGACAGAAAAGAUUUCAGAAUUGACAACCAAAUCCUCGAACCCACCAGCCACUCCAUAUGGGCAUUCAGCAGGGGAGGGCAAACCAUACAUGCCACACUGCAUGGAUCAGAUUGCAGAGUGUGUGUGCCGGAGCCCUUAACACCCUCCAGUCACAAAGUAGUGCCCGAUUACUUAUCUCUGAAUCACAGAAAGGGGCACAGCAAGCUCUCAUCCACCAGUGUCUCUGAAGCUUCUGCCCCAUUGGUGUCCUAGGUGACAGGGAGGAAAGACCCAGUGACUGCACAACCACAACAGAAGGCUGUGAUAUCAGGGACCAUGUGGUACGCCCCACACAGGCAUGUGCAUCCCAUUGUUGCCCUCCCCACGAUAUGAGGGCUGUUCUUGCAUGAAGUGCCAUGAAUCUCCACUGCCUAGUGGCGGGAGGCAGGCAGCACUGUAGAGAAAAAAGCUUUUCUAUCUACCUUUAGGGAGGCCAUGUCUCCCGAAACUUUGGUCAAGAAGCCUUGCUGGUUUCCUAAGAAAUCCCUUAAGCCCAACUCCCCCCCCCUUCUCUUGUUAGCAGCUUCCUGAGAACAGAGCUGUCUCUGAGGUUUCCGCUCACACUGACCUUGGAGAUAAGAGAACGUGUUCCGCUGUGAGCAAAUGAGCUUCCAUGGAUAGUCAGAUGAACCAAUCAACAUUCUUGAUUUUGAGAACCGAUUUGCACCUGUGUGAUGGGGAGCUGGUGCCGGGGACUGCACCCAUGCCCUUUUGCACGUUAUCUCCUGAUGCCGAUGACAUCAGCAUUUUGCCACCUGAUUGGAUGCAGGGCCUGCACCACUGGGCUGGCAGCAUAGCAUAUAAACCACUACCCAACAUGGAGACUCAGACCUUCGGUGGGUCGCAGUGAGCUUCCAUUGUAACUCGCCCAUCGUCUCAAAUCUGGCUCUGACUGGAUAGGAGUCCAGGCGCCCACCUGUUUUGUUUUGCAGUGAAGCCUGGCCACUCUUUGCUUCUCCACCAGAGACUGCCUCCUGGAUUCUUGACAACUUUGUGGUUUGCCUUCUGCUGUGAUAUUGGUAUGUAUAAGUUAGAGCUGACAAAGCUAUAGGUUUUUGUUAUUUUAAUCCUCACAUUCUGUCUCUUGUAUUUUAUUGUG